AUGGAAUUGAUUGGUCUUGGUCUUGUUAGCCCAUGCAACACACUGAAAAUGGAAUUGAUUGGUCUUGAUUUGGGGAAGUAUUGUCCAAUCGUUUAUUUGUUCAUUUCUGAUUGUGUGUUAUGUGUCAAUGGUGAGGACUUUGAUAGUGGAGUCGAUGAUAUUCAUACUCCAAGACAGUGGAUAGUAUGGAAUAUGAAUAAGAAUACUCAUAUUUACCCAGAAUAUGUUGUUAGCUUCAAGGUCUCUUCUUAUCUGAAUCUAGUAAAUCUCAGCACUGUAAUAGAGGUGGUGAGUACUCGGUCUUCUUCGGAGCUCCAUUCAAUCAAGCAGGCCUACAGUUUUCACUAUAAUUCUGAGAUUGAAGAAGACAUUGCCCACAAGACCAAUGGCAAUUUUAAAGAGAUUCUUCUCACAGUUGUGAAAUCAAGUGGCAAGUAUGGAGGCAGAGUUGACAUGAGCAUGGCCAUGUACUAUUCAGAACUGAUGCAAAGGUAUGACAAUGCUAAACACAGGAUUACUUCAUUUAUUCAAGCCCUGAAAUUUACUUUGAUUCUAAUAGUUUCUUUCCCCUCUCAUUCUCUUUAAUAAUUAACAUCCUUAAUGGCAAAAACAAUCGUUUGAGGAGGAACCAAACUUUGUUGCUUGCUGUAGCUGUUCAAAAUAAAGAUUGACAAAAUGGGAAAGAAAAAAAAA